GUCACGCUGGGAUCUUGUGACAGAAUCACAGGAUUACGUGGGAUUCAUCCCAUUUUGAAAAUUCCCGAACAACAAACAGCAGAGGCAAAUGGAAUCAAAUGCCAGUGCCAGUCUGAGAGAGACUUGAAACUCAGUCUUCAUAAACUCUCUAGGGAAAGUUGCCUGCUGUGGCUUAGAAUAAAGGAAACAGAUAGAAAAUGACGGCAAGACUUCAAAGAACAACUAUUGGUUUGGUCUUCUUUGGCCUCUUUGGAGUCCUGGAGGCGGCAACAAUAGCAUGCAGAAAUGAAGACGGUGACGCCGUGGAUUGGUUUAUUUUCUAUAAGUUACCUAAAAGGCAAGACAAGGAGAGUGGAGAGACUGGGCUAGAGUAUCUUUACCUAGACUCCACAAUUGGAAGCUGGAGGAGGAGUGAGCAGCUAAUAAAUGCCACCAAAAGUGCUUUGGGAAGGACUUUACAACAGCUGUAUGAAGCCUAUGCUUCCAAGAGUAACAACACAGCCUAUCUACUAUACAACGAUGGAGCCCCUAAAUCUGUGGGUUACAACAGAAACUUUGGCCACACCAAAGGUUUACUGCUAUGGAACAAAAUCCAGGGAUUCUGGCUGAUUCAUUCUAUUCCCCAAUUUCCUCCAAUCCCUGAAGAAGGCUAUGAUUAUCCAUCCACAGGAAGACGGAAUGGACAAAGUGGCAUCUGUAUAACUUUCAAAUAUAACCAGUAUGAAAUAAUAGAUUCUCAGCUCUUGGUCUGCAACCCAAACAUCUAUAGUUGUUCCAUCCCAAUCACCUUUCACCAGGAGCUCAUCCACAUGCCCCAGCUCUGUGCCAGCUUCAGCUCAUCUAAGAUCCCAGUCCGGCACCUCACCACACUUCAGUCAGCCCAAGGACAAAGCUUCCUCCAUUUUGCAAAAUCUGAUUCAUUUCCAAAUGACAUCUUGGCAGGCUGGAUGGCUCAACAGUUGAAGACACACUUGCUAUCAGAAACCUGGCAGCGAAAGAGACAAGAGCUUCCUUCAAACUGCUCCCUUCCUUACCAUGUCUACAAUAUCAAAGCCAUUAAGAUAUCUCGACAAUCUUAUUUCAGUUCUUACCAGGACCAUGCCAAAUGGUGCAUUUCCCAAAAGGGCACUAAAGAUCGCUGGACAUGUAUUGGAGACCUAAAUCGGAGCCCACACCAAGCCUUCAGAAGUGGAGGAUUUAUUUGUACCCAGAAUCGGAAUACUUAUCAAGCAUUUCAAAAAUUAGUUUUGUAUUAUCAGGACUGUGACUAAACUUGGUCAAAGAGUACAAGCGCUAUAAUUGAAACAUUGAUAAUGUGUCUAAUAUCAUUAGAGACAUUCUUUACAUAUUAAAACCUAAAUACACUCAACAUACUACUAAAUGAAACAAUUUUCCCAUAUUUACCAUUUUAUGUUCUAAUUAGCGAAAAUUCCUGUACUUUUAAUUUAUGGUAUUAUAAACAUAAACUGAUAUAUAAUUAAAAUGAGAACAGAGGUGAUAAGAAGAAAAGUAUCUUUUUCAGACUGGUCAACUCCAGUUGUUCAUAGACUGACUGGCUAUUUUAUAGAUUAACUUUCUCUUUUUUUUCACAAAGACGUUCCUGACUCUUUUCCCUGUCUUUUUCUAAAGAAAGCAACAGCUCUGUCCCUGUACAUCCAUACUAUCCGGUCAUAUUCUUCUUACAGUACUUUCUCACUGAUUAUAGUUAGGUCUUGUCAUUCUUGCAGGUGCCACUUACUAAGUGUAUGAUAUUGGGCCAUUCACUUGAAUUCUCUGAGACUUGUUUUUUUUUAAUCUAUGAGCGAUAAAUAUCUAGAUAUGGUCAAGAACCUACCACACAUGCUGAUAUACAGUUAGCAUUAAAAGUACUGGUGAAAUUGUAAUUCAAACCCCACCCACUCAGCAAAAAGAGACAAAAAGAAGUUUUAGAAAUGAGUGAUGCUUGUCAAAAAAAUUUAUAGUCAGAUUAAGAGAAAAAAGUAUAACUACAACCUUUCAAUUUGAAGGAAAUAAAGAAGUGGAACAUAAAGAAACCAAAAACAAAUCUCACAGUCUUAGUUUCAAUAUGUUUCUUAUGCUGGAGUUCUUAUCACUAAACAUAAUUAUUACAUUAAUGAAAAACUUAGAAUUAAUUACUUAAUAAAUUGGAGACACAGGUCCCAAGUUCAAGACACUUACAAUCCAACAAAACUAAACACAUCCAUAAUUAAAGGUAGUAUUUAUUGAGCAUUUACUAUGAUAGCAAUCAUUCAACACACAUUUUCUUAGACUACACAACAAUUUGAGGCUGAAAGAAUUUCAAUCACUUGCCUAGUAUUACAGAGGUCUAUUUGAUUUCUAAGGCUAAGCCUUUAAGUUCUAUUCCAAGAGACAAUAAAAGGAAAUGAGGCAUUACAGGAUAACAUCUAUCCUGAGAUAUCAAUACCAACCAAAAUUCAUGGGACCUAAUGAUUCAGUUAUGAGCAAAGAAAAAACCAUUUGUCCUCCUGCCAGAAGCAAGUAUAAGCAAUGGGUAUGUUGAUUGCUAUGUAGCUAUCAUAUAUGCUUGAAAAUGUGAAGAGACCUAAAAAGAUGUUUUAGCCUCUCCGACAGUAUCUUAAAUAGAAAUAAGCUCAGUAAAACAGGAUUAUUAGAGAAAAACAAGAAGUUUAAGAUGCUGACUUCUAAGGUGAAGUAGGCCAAAACUCACUCCAAAGAUAGAAAUGAAUGAUAAGUAAUAAAAAGAAAGUAAAAGAAGAAAUUCUAUUGAGCUAAAAAUACAUAAAAAGUUGGAGACGCCUCCCCCAAAAGGUAAGAAUAGAUCUUCUAAAAAAGUGGCUGCAUCCCAGGCUCAUCAAAAGAAUCUGAAGACCCAGAAGACAAUCAAAAUGAGAUUCUGUAGAAUAUGGAGUGUAGAGAGAAGAAAAGGAAGAUACCGGACAAGCACAAGAAGGACAUGGCUCCUAAUGAAGGGGAGAUGGUAAGUGGUUAGACCCUUCUUUAGAGAGGAAUUGAACAGCCCUCUUGGUUCAAGGAUACUAAAUCCUGGCCCUGAGAAGAAAGACUGUGUCUUGGAGACAGUUAUUCUCUGUGGAACCCCAAUAAAAUCAAGAGAAAUCGUGCGGCUUUCUUUCUCAAGCAUCUGCUCAGGACUGUUACCAGUUGUGCCGAUUCCUGUAGGGAGACUGGGGAAGACUCUUCAGAGAAUCACAUCAUUGGAAGGAAGCUAAAACACUUUAGAAUAUAGGAGAUGUUUUUGAUUCCUGUGGGGAAAAGAGAAAGAU